UCAAAACAUCUGUGUGUGCCCCUGCUCCUGCAGACUCAGGUUCUCUGGUUUGUUCUCCGUCCACUAGAGGGAGAUGUUCCUUUAAGUGUCAGAGAGACCGUGCAGGAGGAGGCGGAGCUGCUGCUGCUGCUGCUCCUGCUGCUGCUGCUGUCACUGUCUGUGCUGCUCCACAUAAACCCGGCGUCUGCAAACAGACACACACCGACCCACGGAGGAGGAGAGAGAGGAGCAGAUCUGAGGAGCAGGAAAGAGUCCGAGCAGGGAAAUGAAAAGACACGAACCGGCAGCUGCAGCGAAACCAAACCCUGCACCUCCUGCUCCUGCUGUCCCUCCACUGAGGCUCCUGACUAUCUGGACACCAGUGUCUGCUGGGCAUCAUCAUCAUCAUCACCACCACCACCCCCACCACCACCAUCAGCAGCAGCAGCAGCAUCACCCUCAUCCUCACUCAGUGUCCAGCAUCAUGCUGUUUCCUGCUCCAACUCUCUGUUUCCUGGAUCACAGCUGAGUCCAGUCAACCAGGAGUUUAACCUGAAAGACUUGUUUUCACAGUGGAUGUUUUCUUUUUUUUUUUCUUUAGUAAUUAUUAUUAACAACAAAUAAAAAGGACAGUUAAAACAACAUCUGCAGCCUUACUCUGGUGAUCUGGAUUAUUCCAGCAGACGGGAGCAGAUAUGAUGGUGAUACUGGUCAUCAGUUUGGCCUUGUGCUCACACUCAGGUCUGGCGGUGGAGAUGUUUCGUGUAGGUGUGGCCCCUCGCUGCGAGAGCCGGGCCUGCAACCCCCGCAUGGGCAACCUCGCCCUGGGACGGCGGGUUCUGACCCAAACCGUUUGUGGCAACAACGGCACCGAGCUCUACUGCUCCUACUCUGAUCCCAACGCCAACCUGGCCUGCGACUCUCCAAAGUGUGCCAAGUGCAACGCCGGCCUGCCGCUGCUGUCCCACCUGGCCGGGGCCAUGUCAGACUCCUCGUUCCGUCACCCGAACACGUGGUGGCAAUCGGCGGAAGGUGUAGAGUCGGAAACGGUGCAGCUGGACCUGGAGUCCGAGUUCUACUUCACACAUCUCAUCCUGGUGUUUCGAUCGCCGAGGCCUGCAGCCAUGACGCUGGAGCGGUCGCAGGACUUUGGACGAACUUGGAAGAUGUUGCAGUACUACGCCGCCAACUGCAGCGCCGCCUUCGGGCUGGAGGAGGGAAAGGCGGGAGGGAGCCGUGACAGGGCAACAUGCACAUCAAAAUACUCAGGGGCUUUUCCCUGCAACCGUGGAGAGGUGAUCUACAGAACUCUCCCGAAGUGGGAGUCCUUGGACCCAUUCGGAACUGAAGGUCAGCAGCAGCUGAGGGUGACCAACAUCCGCAUCCGCCUCCUCAAACAGCAGCAGUGUCCCUGCCAGGACAAAGACCUCGGCAGAGCAGCGACGGAACCUCUCCCGACCCGACACUUUGCCAUCUACGACCUGAUAGUGAAGGGAAGCUGCUUUUGUAACGGACACGCUGAGCAGUGUGUCCCUGCACCGGGAUACAGGCCCAUCAGAGACCGGACCAACCACGUGGUCCAUGGGAAGUGUGUGUGCAGACACAACACUGCAGGUGAUCACUGUGAGCGCUGCGCUCCGCUCUUCAACGACCGGCCCUGGCAGCCGGCUGACGGCCUGACGGGGGCGCCGCAUGAAUGUCGGAAGUGUAAAUGCAACGGGCAUGCUCUGAGCUGCCAUUUCGAUUGGGCGGCGUGGCAUGAAUCCGGCCAACGGAGCGGAGGCGUCUGUGACUGUCUGCACAACACCGAAGGACGUCAAUGUCAGAAAUGCAAAGCUGGCUUCUACAGAGACCCCCAGGUGCCCCAGACUUCCCACGACUCCUGCAAACCAUGCAACUGUCACCCCACGGGCUCCGUGCCCUUCCACGCGGCUGACGCCUCGCCCUGUGACCCAUCCAAUGGAAACUGCAUCUGCAAACCCGGUGUGGGCGGGGCCUAUUGUGACCGGUGUAUGGUGGGAUACUGGGGUUUCCAUGACUACGGCUGCCGGCCGUGUGACUGUGCCGGAGACUGUGACCCCUUCACUGGUGACUGCAUGUUUGGCUCUGACCUGGAGCUGUACAACCUGGAGGUCAACUCCAGUGAGCCAGUGAGGAUCUUCAGAACUUCUGAACUCUUCUCUGCCCUGCACUACUCAGAAAAGUGUGAGUGUAAAGAGCUAGCGCUGACCAGCAGUAAACUCUUCUGCACCAUGAACUAUGCAUAUGUGCUGAAAGUGAAAGUGCUGUCAGCCCAUGACAAAGGCUCACAUGCUGAAGUGGAGGUCAAAGUUCAGAAGGUGCUCAGCCAGAACACCAAGGUGAAGGUACAGCGAGGACGAGUCACUCUCUACCCAGAGUCCUGGACCGCACGGGGCUGCACCUGCCCCAUCCUCAACCCAGGAGUUGAGUACCUGGUGGCGGGACACGUGGACUGGAAGCAGGGCCGCCUCUUGGUCAACAUGAAGAGCUUUGUCAAGCCGUGGAAGGCCAGCUUGGGACGCAAAGUCCUCACACUGCUCAGCAAAGACUGCAACUGGUAGACAGUUAAAAGUUGGACGUUUAACGGACACGUGGUUUAAGGAGACUUUUCUAAUAGGAUGAGGACAAGGAACCAGACUUGUGUUUUCACAUCUUCCUGCUGUGGAAUAUUUACUGUCUUGGGUCUUUGUCUGGGACAUUUGUGCGGACAUUUCUAACCCCUCUUUCUCUGCUGUUGUCCAGAGCACGAUGCUAGCAGCAAACGGCACAACUUUCAAGCACAAAAGGGUGGUAACGGCAUCACCUUCACUUCUUUAUCCGGUCUUCAGGCAACAUAUUCUUUAGCUGAUUUCACUCAAUAUAUCUUAAGGGACUACAUUCUAGUAUUUCUACACUUCCGAGUCUCUAUAGUCUCACAUCGCAAAAACUGAGCUCCAUCCUCUCUGCAGCACUUUAGCAUAAGAAAGACAAAGAAGAUGGACACACAUGGAGAGGAUGGAGACCACCACGAGCAAAUCAUCAAUGCUACGGACAAAAGAUGUCUGCUACCGAACCAUGCAUCCCUGGACACAUGACCACAGAGGCAGCUGUGUGGGAACGCCUCAGAGACUGUAAAUAAGAAAUGGACACGGAAAGUCCAUGGUCGAAGGUUUCUAAAGUGAAGGCUUGCAAUAUGAAUUUUUUUUUUUUUACAUUUACAAACAUUAUGUUACACCCAUUUUGUCCACCAUUUUAUUCCUAUUUAGAGGAAAAUAGACAAUAAACCAUUGCAGGAAUUGGCACAGAGGAGCAGACACAAAGUGUGGUUCACCACAGACCAUCCACCAUGACCCUGGCAGCCGACAACAUACAGUAGCCCAGCCAUCAUUCACGCAUUCUUUGUGCUUCAAAAUGGGACUUAGGUUUGUGACAGGACGCUUCUGUCGAUUUCUUACAUACUGUCUAAAAUACAUGUGUGAGUUUGUGAGUAUGUUUGUGUGUGGGUGUGAUGUGCAAAGCCAUACAAGCCACUCCAGGUGUGCCUGUGAUGGGUUUUUACCCCAAACGUGAAUGUAUUUGUCUGGAUUAGUGUGUGUGUGUGUGUGUGUGUUUGUGUGUGUAUGAAAUUGGAGCUAGCAUGUUGUAAGAGCACACUCCAGAUUUAGCCAAGUCUCUUGUUAACCAUUUUACCGUAAUGCUUCAUUACCAGGUAUUGAUUCAUAUCAUGUUACACAAUGCUGAUGAUUUCUCUCUCUCUCUCUCUCUCUGUCUUUCUCUCUCGCUCUGGUCUUAUACAGUAGUAUUUGUACAUAUCUAUAUAAAUAUUUUUGUUCCUCUUCCGUUUUUUGCCCUUUGACAGUUUAUAAUAAAGGACAGUUCUGGUUUA